AUGGAACCCAAGUUGGGUGCCGACAGCAAGGAAGACGGCGAAGGAGGAGGAGGCGAGGAAGGGGAUGGGGGAGGAGGAGGCCAGGGGGGCGAAGACACCGCACCGCCUCCAGCGGGGGGAGCUCCCCCACCUGAGGGGGGAGCCCCCCCACCUGAGGGGGGAGCCCCCCAACCAGAGGGGGGAGCCCCCCCACCUGAGGGGGGCGCUCCCCCAGCAGAAGAAGCCGCGCCGCCCCCACCUGCUGAGGAAGACCCCCCGGCCUCGGCGCCAGACGACACGCCGCCCGUCGAAUAAAACGAUGAAGGUGGUGACGCUGGGGAAAACCAGGAUAGGGACGGGCCAAAUGAGGAUAGGGGAGGGGAUGAAUCAGAACCAGAACGGUCUGGAGAAGAGACCCCACAUUCUGGACGAAGAAAUGAAGGAUCUUCUGAGACCGGUAGAGGAACAUCUGGAGCUGAAGGAUCUUCAAAUACUGGCGGUGGAACAUCUGGAGCUGGAGGAUCUUCGGACACCGGCAAAGAAAAAUCUGGAGCUGGAGGAUCUUCGGACACCGGCAAAGAAAAAUCUGGAGCUGGAGGAUCUUCGGACACCGGCAAAGAAAAAUCUGGAGCUGGAGGAUCUUCGGACACAGAUAAAGGAAAAUCUUCUGGAGCUGAAGGAUCUUCGGACAGAGAUAAAGGAAAAUCUUCUGGAGCUGGAGGAUCUUCAGACACGGGCAAAGAAAAAUCUUCUGGAGCUGAAGGAUCCUCAGACGCCGGCAGAAGAAAAGUAGUUCGUGAUCCUUGGGAUGACCAUACGGACCCGGGUGCCUCCAUCGUCGACAGCGCUCCCUGA